CGUCCCGGCCGCGGGCGGAUGAGGGAGCGCCGGGCGGCGGCGCGGCUCGCGGCGGGGCCCCGCGGGCCCGGGGCCGUCCCGCCGGGUUUCCGUUUGCUUUUGUCUCCGAGGGGGAGCGGGGGGGACGCGCGGCGCCCGAGCCGGGAGCGCAGCCGCAGGCCCGACCCGGCCCGCCGCCCCUCGCCCUCCUCCGCGGCUGCGGGCGGCGGCGGCCGCCGGGCGCCGCUCCGGGGCCGGCCGAGGCCGCGGCCCAGUGGUGCCUGGGCCCCGCAUCCUCCGCGGCCCCCGCUGGCAGCUCGCCCCGCGGCCCGCUCGGCCCGCCUGGGACGGCUUCUUCCCGCCGCCGCCUCGCCGCCCGCCCCAGCCCGGCCCCGGGCCUAGCGGCGUCCGCCUCCGCGGCCCCCUCCCUCCCACUCCCGCCGAGCCCGUCUCCGCGCUGCGACGGGGGUGCGCGGCCGCCCGGCCCCCGCCCGCCGCUUUCCCCUGGGCCCGGCGCCGGGGCAGCGAAACCUGCCACCCACGGUCGGGGCUGCCGCCGGCCCCCGCUCCCGGGCGGCGCCGGGCUGCGCGCCUCGCCGGAGUGGCCUUGCGGCCUGGUCCGGCGGCCCCCGGGAAGGCCCGGGGUGCAGAGGAGAGGCGAGACAGAGGUGACAAACAGCAUGUUUGGUGCUUCAAGGAAGAAGUUUGUAGAGGGGGUUGAUGGUGACUACCAUGACGAAAACAUGUACUACAGCCAAUCAUCGAUGUUCCCACAUCGGUCAGAAAAAGAUGCAAUGUUGCAGAAGUGGAUCUUAGAAUGGGACUUCAAGAGAAUGAAGAUGCUGGCAUCACCAUCAACAUCAGGUCAGCUGUCUCAGUUUGGGGCAAGUUUAUACGGGCAACAAAGUGCACUAGGCCUUCCAAUGAGGGGAAUGAGCAACAAUACCCCUCAGUUAAAUCGCAGCUUAUCACAAGGCACUCAGUUACCGAGCCACGUAACGCCAACAACAGGGGUACCAACAAUGUCACUUCACACGCCUCCAUCUCCGAGCAGGGGGAUAUUGCCUAUGAAUCCUAGGAAUAUGAUGAACCACUCCCAGGUUGGUCAGGGCAUUGGAAUUCCCAGCAGGACAAACAGCAUGAGCAGUUCAGGGUUAGGCAGCCCCAACAGAAGCUCUCCAAGCAUAAUAUGUAUGCCAAAGCAGCAACCCUCUCGACAACCUUUUACUGUGAACAGUAUGUCUGGAUUUGGGAUGAACAGGAAUCAGGCAUUUGGAAUGAAUAACUCCUUAUCAAGUAACAUUUUUAAUGGAACAGAUGGAAGUGAAAAUGUGACAGGACUGGACCUCUCAGAUUUUCCAGCACUAGCAGACAGAAACAGAAGGGAAGGAAGUGGCAAUCCAACUCCAUUAAUAAACCCUUUAGCUGGAAGGGCACCCUAUGUUGGAAUGGUAACAAAACCAGCAAGUGAGCAGUCCCAGGACUUUUCAAUACACAAUGAAGAUUUUCCAGCAUUACCAGGCUCCAGCUACAAAGACCCAACAUCGAGUAAUGAUGACAAUAAAUCUAAUUUGAGUACAUCAGGCAAAACAUCAUCCAGCACAGAUGGGCCCAAGUUUCCUGGAGAUAAAAGUUCAACUACGCAAAACAACAACCAGCAGAAAAAAGGGAUCCAGGUGUUACCUGAUGGUCGGGUUACCAACAUUCCUCAAGGGAUGGUGACGGACCAGUUUGGAAUGAUUGGCUUGUUAACAUUCAUCAGGGCAGCAGAGACAGAUCCAGGAAUGGUACAUCUUGCAUUAGGAAGUGAUUUAACAACACUAGGUCUCAAUCUCAACUCUCCUGAAAAUCUUUAUCCCAAAUUUGCAUCACCCUGGGCAUCAUCACCGUGUCGACCUCAAGAUAUAGACUUCCAUGUUCCAUCUGAAUACUUAACUAACAUUCACAUUAGGGAUAAGCUGGCUGCAAUAAAACUUGGCCGAUAUGGAGAAGAUCUCCUGUUUUAUCUCUAUUACAUGAAUGGAGGAGAUGUAUUACAGCUAUUAGCAGCAGUAGAGCUAUUUAACCGGGAUUGGAGAUACCACAAAGAAGAACGAGUAUGGAUCACCAGGGCACCCGGCAUGGAGCCAACAAUGAAAACCAAUACGUACGAGAGGGGAACAUAUUACUUCUUUGACUGUCUUAACUGGAGGAAAGUAGCUAAGAUACAUGCCAAAACACUAUUGAGAAAUGAGGAGUGCUCCCAUUCACUAACCUGGCAAGAGAUACAACUUCAUGUGUUCUUAUACACUACUGGACAUUGGACUCGAGCAUUGCUGCCACAGGGAUGCAAAUCAAAAAGGCUGUUUCAAGCCUGUUUAUUUUAAAAAUUUAUAACAGUUUGAAGUAUCAACUCAUGUACUUCUAAAUAAACGUUGGUAGGGAAUCAUAUUCCCUCUUCUAGAUGAGAGGCUUCCAAUUUAUGGCACACAAAGGACUGCUGAAGCUACCGAGCAUUUCUUUGACACGCGCCUUGCUCGCAGCUACUACUGACUGCCGAGAGAGGGACGCAACCACCUUAGGUUUGGAAAGCCCUUUUUAGGCUACUGAUACUGUCUUACUGGUUUAAGUAGCCAUUUUCAUGGGUAAUUUUGAAGGCAUUUCAGAGUGUGUGGAGGUUCUGAUUGAAGCUUUUAUUAUUAACCCUUCUCUUUGUUUACGAUUUUGUUAAAGAAGCAAUUCCCCAAGGGCUGACCGUAGGUAGAUAGUAAUCUGCAAGACCCUUCCAUGAUUAUGUGCAAAAUGGAAACUCUGAAAGCUGUGAAUGGGAGAGCAGUUUGAGUGGAUCUUUUCUAUUAUAAAAUGACUUCAGAAUUACUGAAGAUCCACCCAACCUAAACCAGCCUUUGGCACCAAAAUACCUGCAUAGAUUUGUACUCCUCGAUCUUGCUUCUGACAAGAGGAGGGAGCAGGCAUCUUCAGGAUCAGCACACGUGUGUAUCUGCACAAAAAAGAGAACAUACACAAUCUGGCAUGCAGUGUUAAUUAGGAAUGCCAAAAGCAAUUGACUUGUAUAUACAACCUAAAAAAGCCCAAACACAUAAACCCACCACCAAAAUAAUAAUUAAAAAAAAACCCAACCAAACCAAGCAACCAACUAAAAAAUACCCUUGGUUGGAGCAGAGAGCGGGGAACUAGAAAUGAAGCAGAUGUGCAGCACUUCAGUGCAGCUGGCUGUAACCUCACUUUGGUUUGGCUAGGAUUUUUCCAGCUUCAGGGACAGCAUUCCCUGGGGGAUACAGGCUUACCGAAUGCUUAGCAUUUUCCCCUACUUUGUUUCCUUACCAUGCUGACUGUUCUUUCUAUGCUAGAUGGACCUUGCUUUUUCUUAUGAGAGGUCUGAGAGUUGGAUUUCCUACAUUUUAUUUCUGGUUUUGCAUUGACUUGGUCUUUAAUUUAGAUUGCCUGUAAAUACUGAAAUCCUACACUGUUUAAUCACUUCAGGGAGUGUUCUAAAAUAAUCUGUUUACUACUCUUAGCUUUUUUCACCUGUAUGUAAAAAUAGCAGAGUAAGUUUGCUCUGCAGAUACAGAUGAUGUUCUGCUGAGGUUCUCCAAUGAGUUAGGCAGAAUAAAUUACUGUGCAUGUCCAAGGUAGCUGUUGCUGAAUUACCAAGAAGUACCCUUAAUGAACAAUUCUGAAACUUCCACUUACUCUGUUUCUUGAGUGAAGAUAAAAUGCAGGUGAGACACAGUUAAACUGCUGAGAAGAUCUGAAAAAUGUAAGAUUUAAGUAAGUCAGUGUACAUUUUUGCAUGAAGUAGUAAGCACCAAAUGUCAAAGUGCACUAAUUAGGGUUGUGUGCAGAAAUUAAGGUCACAGGAAGGGAAGCUGCUUUUUUCAGUGUAAUAAUCAGGAUGCAUUUAGACAUCAGGAGUAGUUACAAUCUGAUUUAUAGUAGCUGUUAUAGUCAGAAUAAGAAUUACCGGAUCACUGAAAUGUUUUAUAAUUAUGCAAACCAGACACCCUCAAACAAAAGUCAGGUGAUUGUGUCGGUGAGACAAUAAAGCUGCUUAUUUAUGAACCAGUAGCUGGUGUGGUAUUUGAGUACUUAGGCAAAGAUUUUUUAUUUUGCGUGGUUGUUCAUAAAACGCUGGGAGAAUUUGUCAUGAAAGAUGUUGGCAAAGUGUGAUAUAGGAGCAGGGAGCUGAGGAUGUGCAGGAGGGUUGGGUGAGUCUGAAGCUUAAAUCUUGAGUAGGAAAUGCAGUGCAGUAUUUAGUUAAAUUCUGGCUUAAAUAGGUUUCAGUAUUUUGUCUCUGGCAUUUUAGAUAGUCUUUCCCAAUUUUGUACUAAGGAGAAACACAACUAAUUUAACUUACCAUUGGGUUAGGAAGUAGGGCAGAAAAUAUCCCAGAACUUCAGGUCAUCCAAAAUAAGUCUCUGUACGUCUAAACUGUGGAAAGACAGAAGCUUUUACUCGUAACUCAGCUCAUGCCAUGAUUGUAUAUUUGUGUUUGACGUGUGUACAUAUAAAAAAAAAAAAAUAUGGUUUGAGAUCGUAACUAGGGUUCAGAGAGUAAUGUAACAUUAAAAAGAGGUGGAGAGCCUACAUGUUGCAGGUGCAAUGGCUUGGGAUAUUGACUUUUUCGUAACUAAUGUCUAGAAUCCCAGAGAGCAAAAUCUUGUGUUUCUACCUUGAGCUACAUUAGGAUUUGAUCUCUUCUGUAUUUUGCUUUUCAAGUAUGACUGGUAGAAUGAAUGGUUCUCAACAGGUAACUGAUAUGUUGUUUUAUUUGG